UCGCGUGCGGACUUGCGGGUUUCCGUCUUCCUGGUGUUCGGACCGGAAACGUUUUGUUUCUCAUCUCACUUCAUUCUCGACUUGUAUCAGCGGACGUGUUUGAACACUCUCUUGCAAACUGUCGCGAACGUGUUGCCUGUGAUGUCGGAGCUUUUAUUUUGAAGGAAGCAGCGGGGCCGGUAAACAUGAGACCGGACAUCACCGUUUUUACGAUCCUCGCGGUUCUCACGGUUUCACCCGAAGCGGUUCGAUCCGCAGACACCGAUCAACAGGAAGAAGCGUCUCUCAGGUCGAUGCUGGACGACUUCGACGUGCUGUCUCCGUCCAGCCUGGAGACGCACUCCGUCCAGCGCAGGGACGUCCAGACCCAGAGUCACGUGGAGAAGACGCUGAGCUUCUACGCCCUGAAGAGGACGUUCAGACUCUACCUGAGGACCAACCACCAGCUGUUCACCGAGGACUUCAGAGUGAAGGUGGUGGACGAGGACGGGGAGCGGAGUCAUCAGAUCAACAGACACAACUUCUUCACUGGACAUGUCAUUGGUGAAGAACACUCUCGGGUUCAGGCUCAUAUCGACGAGGACGAGUUCUCCGCUCACAUCCUGACGGACGAGGCCGAGUUCAACAUCGAGCCUCUGUGGAGGUUCACGUCAGCGCCCCCUGAUGGCCGCCUGCUGAUCUACCGCUCAGAGGACAUCAGGAACCUGAGCCGCCUGCAGCAUCCAUCGGUCUGCGGCUACGUGACCUCCGACCCCAGCCAUGUGACCUCCGACCCCAGCCAUGUGACCUCCGACCCCAGCCCCCUCCUGCCUGAGGGCGUUGAAACAGACCAGUCGACGGAGCCGGAGGGAAACGACUCUGUGUUCAGAGGGAAACGUCAGGUCCACGACCACAAGAGGAACACGUGUCCUCUGCUGCUGGUGGCCGACCAUCGCUUCUUCAAACACAUGGGCCGAGAGGAGGAGAGCACCACACUCAACUACCUGAUCGAGCUGAUCGACCGAGUGGACGACAUCUACAGAAACACUUCGUGGGACGAGGAGUUCGUUGGUUACGGAGUUCAGAUCCAGCAGAUCAUCAUCAACAAGGUCCCGAGCAGCGUGGAACCAGGAAAGAGUCACUUCAACAUGAGAGGGAGUCCGGAGACGGGCCGAGACGUCUGGGACGUCAAGAAGCUGCUGGAGCAGUUCAGUGUGGACAUCGCAGAGAACGCCUCCACCGUGUGCCUGGCGCACCUCUUCACCUACCAGGACUUCGCCGAGGGGACUCUGGGUCUGGCCUACGUGGCCCCGGCCAAACCCGACGUCCCCGGAGGCCUCUGCUCCAAAGCGUGUCCUUCAUCGGCCAACCAGCAGAGGGCCAUCUACCUCAACACGGGUCUGACCAGCACUAUGAACUAUGGGAAGACCAUCCUGACCAAGGAGGCCGACCUGGUGACCACCCACGAGCUCGGACACAACUUCGGAGCCGAGCACGACCCCGACAACGUCCCGCACUGCGCCCCCCGGGACGACGGGGGGGGGAAGUUCGUCAUGUACCCGAUCGCUGUGAGCGGAGACCACGUCAACAACAAGGUCUUCUCGGACUGCAGCCGGCGCUCCAUCGUGAAGCGUCUGAGGGCGAAGGCCCCGUCCUGCUUCCGGGAGAGGAACCUCCACGUGUGUGGGAACUCCCGGGUGGAGCAGGGGGAGGAGUGUGACCCCGGACUCCUGAACAGCCACUCAGAUCGCUGCUGCACGGACGACUGCCGCCUCCGACCCGGAGCCCGGUGCAGUGACAGGAACAGUGCGUGCUGUAAAGGCUGCCGGUUCGAGUCCGAAGGCGAAGUCUGUCAGGAGCCCAUCGACGCCACCUGCAAAGGACACUCCUACUGCACAGGAAACAGCAGCGAGUGUCCGUCCCCAGAAGACGCUCCGGAUAAAACCGUGUGUCUGGACAACGGCGAGUGUCUGAGCGGAGAGUGCGUCCCGUUCUGUGAGGCCGUCCUGAAGCUGCAGCCCUGCGCCUGCAACGAAACCCACUCGUCCUGUAGAGUCUGCUGUCGGAGCCGCGGCGGCGCCUGCAGUCCCUACCACAACCACACGGGUCACUUCCUGUUCCUGCGGAAAGGGAAACCCUGCACGGUGGGCUUCUGUGACGGAGCGGGGAAGUGCAUGAAGCAGGUGCAGGACGUGGUGGAGCGUCUGUGGGACUUCAUCGAGAAGCUGGACAUCAGCACGCUGGGCAGCUUCCUGGCCGACAACAUCGUGGGCUCGGUCGUGGCCUUCUCGCUGCUCCUCUGGGUCCCGUUCAGCAUCCUGGUGCACUGCGUGGACAAGAAGCUGGAUCAACAGUUCCAGCAAAGCACCAAGUCCAUGUUCUUCCCCAGCAAUGCCGAGCUCCUGAGCAGCCUGGAGUCCGCACCUGUUCGGAUCUUCAAGCCUCCGACCUUCCCCAGCGCCGCCCCCCCCCUUCGCUUCCAGCCGUGCAGCCCCCAGCAGACCAGCACCCCCCCGGGCUCCGACGCAGCCCCCCCCACUCUGGACAGCCCCCGCAUGGCGACCAUCCAGGAGGACCCCAGCCCCCCCCUGGACGACCCCCCCCUGGAGGAGGCGUUCGGGCGCUCGGCUCGGCGCUCGUUCGAGGACCUGACGGGGACGAGCGGGGGGGGGCGCAGCGAGAAGCUGUUCAGACUGCAGAGACAACACCAGAUCGACUCCAAGGAGACGCAGUGCUGA